AUGUGGGAGCUCUGGGCGUUGGUGGCUGUGGGAGCGGUGGUGGUCGCGAUCCUCUUCGUCGUGGUCACAAGCUCCAAGAGUGCGAACGAGGCCUCGCACCCCGUUGUGCACAAGCGAUGGACUCCUUCCCACGUCGCGACCCAGAAGACCGGUCGCAGGUAUCUGGUCAUUGGCGGCCACGGCUUCCUGGGGUCGCACAUUGUGGAGGCCCUGCUGGCACGCGGCGAGAAGGACAUCUGGGUGUUCGACGCUUCGCCUUCGCCUCUCUUCGAAGACGAGCGCAAGGUCAACUUCAUCCGCGGUGACAUCCUGAACAAGGACCACCUGCUCAACGCCUGCUACGGCCGCGAUGUCGUGUUCCACACUGCUGCGCUCGUCAACUACUGGUCACGCUUGAAGCACGACUACGACAAGAUCUACAAGGUCAACUACGUGGGCACCAAGAACGUGAUCGAGGCGUGCCGCACGGCGUCUGUCAAGAAGUUGAUCUACUCGUCCACCGCCUCCAUGUUCGUCACCGCUGAGACGCUGAAGAAGCCCAUCCGGGACCAGAGGGAAGACACCCUGCUCUACCCCGAGGAGCCCCUGUGCCACUACACCCACACCAAGAUGCUCGCCGAGAAGUUGGUGUUGGCUUCCAACGGCUACAGUGGCGUUCUCACCGCGGCCAUCCGACCCAACGGCAUCUACGGCCCACGUGACGCACUCAUCGGCGGGGUCAUCGCCACCGGAGCGCCCGGCAUCGGUCACGUCAACAACAAGCAGGACUACGUCUACGUCGAGAAUCUGGUCCACGGCUUCCUCAAGCUCGAGGAGAGCCUCGCGCCGGGCUCGCCCGCCGCCGGCAAGGCCUACUUCAUCACCGACAACGAGCCCCUGGGCUACUUCGACUUCAACUCCAAGUUCAGCGGCUACUUCGGCAACGAGUUCAAGCUUCUCCCGCGACUCGUGCCCAUCGUCCUGUCCUACGUCGUGGAGACCAUCGCCUGGCUGUCCAAGGGGAGGAUCCCGCUGGGUCAGCUGCAGAUCCUCACGCCCCCCACGAUCGUGAUUGCGAGCUCGGAGUACUACUUCUCCACGGAGAAGGCCCAGAAGGACCUCGGCUGGAAGCCGCUGUUCACGGUCGACGAGGGCAUGAAGAACACGGCCGAGUACUUUAAGUCGCUCAAGGAGGAGAACCGGAUACGAGAGGGCAAGAAGGAGGGCAAGAAGAACAAGUAG